CUGGAGCCUGCAACCUGCUUCGGAUUCUGUGUCACCCUCUCUCUCUGCCCCUCCCCCACUUGUGCUCUCUCUCUCUCUGUCAAAACUAAAUAAACAUUAAAAAAAUUUUUCUUUAAUCUUAAAAUUUUCUUUUAGAUUUCUUAUAAGUUAGUGUUGUUGUUUUUUUAACUUCUUUUCAGGGUUAUUAAGUCGGGUUAAACUAUACUAAACCCCAGCUGUGUUUUUUUGAGUCUAAAAUCUUGGCCUGUGUGGACCAACCCUACAGAGUGGUCUCAGAACAAAGGGUGUUCCAAUAUGCAGGCAGUUCGUGCCGCGUGAACUCUAAUUCUAGAACAUUAGACUUAUCGUGUUAAAUUGCUUUCUGGAUGUUUCUCUGUGGAAGUCUUGGAAUAAUCCUCCCUUUCCUUUCCUUGAGCCAAGAAAAUUCUGAACCAGAACAAUUUAAUUUCAGCGUGUGGAAAAGCUAUAUUCAAUGAACCGAACACAGUGCUAAGAUAGGUUUUUUUUGGGGGGUGGGGGUGGUACAAGGACAUUUUGAUCACUUUUGUAUGUUACUAAAAUAUCUGGAUUUCUCUAUAAAAGUUCUACAAAUAUUUCCACGCUUCGUUUCAGAGGAUCAUUUUUGCAAACUUUGUUUCAAAGUCUGAGCAGCUCAAGAGUAAACCUUUCUGCGCCAUAGUUAUUGUGUUAUAUGUUAAGCAUUUGGAAGGAACCCCGAGGAGGCCUCAGGAAGCAGUUACUGCCUCUUGACUUAUCAUCCUGAAGGCGAUUUGUUUUAAAGUUGAUAAUCCCUAGGGCUACAAGAGUGUCCCACAUCUGCCCUGAAUUGAAAACAGAUUCCCAUUAAGAGCCUUACAUCAGUGCUGCGGAUUCAUUCGAUCUGAGUCAGAAAGGAAGUCAGAGAACAUUCGAACGUAUGGCCUGAUAGCUACACAGCAGCUCCCUUCAUGGAGGAUCAGGACCGCAGGGACGGCUCCCUGGGAAACAUCGAUGACCUGGCGCAGCAGUAUGCAGACUAUUACAACACCUGUUUCUCCGAUGUCUGCGAGAGGAUGGAGGAGCUGCGGAAGCGGAGGGUCUCCCAGGACCUGGACGUGGAGAAACCCGAUGCCAGCCCCACGUCACUUCAGCUGCGGUCCCAGAUCGAAGAGUCGCUUGGCUUCUGUAGCACCGUGUCAACACCAGAAGUGGAGAGAAAGAGCACUCUUCCUAAGUCAAACUCAGAAGACGGCUCUGUAGGAAAAGGAGAUUGGAAGAAGAAAAAUAAGUAUUUCUGGCAGAACUUCCGAAAGAACCAGAAAGGAAUAAUGAGACAGACUUCAAAAGGAGAAGAUGUGGGCUACGUUGCCAGCGAGAUAACAAUGAGUGAUGAGGAACGGAUUCAGCUGAUGAUGAUGGUCAAGGAGAAGAUGAUCACCAUUGAGGAAGCACUUGCAAGGCUCAAAGAGUAUGAGGCCCAGCACCGGCAGUCAGCGGCCUUGGACCCUGCCGACUGGCCAGACGGUUCCUACCCGACGUUCGAUGGCUCAUCAAACUGCAACUCAAGAGAACAAUCGGAUGAUGAGACUGAGGAGUCGGUGAAGUUUAAGAGAUUACACAAGCUGGUCAGCUCCACUCGCAGAGUGAGAAAGAAACUAAUCAGGGUGGAAGAAAUGAAAAAGCCCAGCACCGAAGGCGGGGAGGAGCAUGUGUUUGAGAAUUCCCCAGUUCUGGAUGAGAGGUCCGCCCUUUAUUCUGGAGUACACAAGAAGCCAUUUUUCUUUGAUGGCUCUCCUGAGAAACCUCCAGAAGAUGAUUCAGACUCUCUCACCACUUCUCCAUCAUCCAGCAGCCUGGAUACCUGGGGAGCCGGCCGGAAGUUGGUCAAAACCUUCAGCAAAGGAGAGAGUCGGGGCCUGAUUAAGCCCCCCAAGAAGAUGGGGACGUUCUUCUCCUACCCAGAAGAAGAAAAGGCCCAGAAGGUCUCCCGCUCCCUAACUGAGGGGGAGAUGAAGAAGGGUCUCGGGUCCCUGAGCCAUGGGAGAACCUGCAGUUUUGGAGGAUUUGACUUGACGAAUCGUUCUCUACACAUUGGCAGCAACAGUUCGGACCCAAUGAGUAAAGAAGGAGAUUUUGUGUACAAAGAAGUUAUCAAAUCACCCACGGCCUCCCGCAUCUCUCUUGGAAAAAAGGUGAAAUCCGUGAAAGAGACAAUGAGGAAGAGAAUGUCUAAAAAAUACAGCAGCUCUGUCUCUGAGCAGGACUCGGGCCUGGAGGGAAUGCCCGGCUCCCCUCCGUCUUCACAGCCUGAUGGUGAACACAUGGACAAACCGAAGCUCAAAGCCGGAGGUUCUGUCGAGAGUCUGCGGAGUUCUCUGAGUGGCCAGAGCUCGAUGAGUGGUCAGACCGUAAGUACCACGGAUUCCUCAACCAGCAACAGGGAGAGUGUCAAGUCAGAAGACGGUGAUGAUGAGGAACCCCCCUACCGGGGCCCCUUCUGCGGGCGCGCCAGGGUGCACACCGACUUCACGCCUAGUCCCUAUGACACGGACUCACUCAAGCUCAAGAAAGGAGACAUCAUCGACAUAAUCAGCAAGCCACCCAUGGGCACCUGGAUGGGUCUGUUGAACAACAAGGUCGGCACAUUCAAGUUCAUCUAUGUAGAUGUGCUAAAUGAGGAAGAAGAGAAGCCCAAGCGCCCCACCAGGAGGAGGAGAAAAGGAAGACCACCCCAGCCCAAAUCUGUGGAGGAUCUCCUUGAUCGGAUCAACCUGAAAGAGCACAUGCCCACUUUCCUGUUCAAUGGGUAUGAAGACCUGGACACCUUUAAGCUCCUGGAGGAGGAAGAUUUGGAUGAGUUAAAUAUCAGGGACCCGGAACACAGGGCUGUUCUCUUGACGGCGGUGGAGCUGUUACAGGAAUAUGACAGUAACAGCGACCAGUCGGGAUCCCAGGAGAAGCUGCUUGUCGACAGCCAGGGCCUGAGUGGAUGCUCUCCACGAGACUCCGGGUGCUACGAGAGCAGCGAAAACCUGGAAAAUGGCAAGACUCGGAAGACCGGCCUUCUCUCUGCCAAGUCGUCAGUGGAGUCCAGCUUUAAGUCCUUCAACAGGAAUCAGCUGGGCAACUACCCAACCCUGCCUCUGACAAAGUCCGGGGAUGCGCUGAAGCCCGGGGAGGAAGGCAGGCUGGGCAGCGGUCUCGCCCCUCACACCUCCAAGGGCUGCGACCAGCCAUGUGUGACUGGUCUGAACAAAAACCGAAGAAGCCUGCCCGUUUCCAUCUGUCGGAGCUGUGAGACCCUGGAGGGCCCCCAGCCCGUGGAAACUUGGCCCAGAUCCCAUUCCCUGGACGACCUUCAAGGAGAGCCUGCUGCUGAGAAGGAUGUGCCCGGCGAGGUGACAGAACCCUCCCCUCAGAUUGUCCCACAAGUGCCACAAAAGACAACCCCCUGCACCACAAAGGUUCAAAGCCCCCGACGAGAUCCUGCUGUUGACAAUGCACUGCUACUGACCCAAAGCAAGAGAUUUUCUGAACCUCAGAAGACAGCUAAGAAACUAGAUGGCUCCAUAGCAGCCUCCGCCCGUGGCACAUCACCUCCUCCGUGUUUGCCCAAAAACUAUGACGCUCAACCUCCCGGAGUUAAACACGGUUUAACAAGGACACCUCUCGAGGGUCACAGGAAAGGACUCGAGUCUGAAGGAACACACCAUCCCGCGGGCACCAAAGAAGGCCUAGAUGCCGCGCAGAGGGGCCCCGAGGCAAGAACGCAGGCCAGACAUCCCUCCCAGCCUCCACCUGUUCCCGCCAAGAAAAGCCGAGAACGCCUGGCCAACGGACUCCACCCCGGCCCUCCCGGUCCCGACGCACCAAGCCUGCCCGCUAAAAAAGGCAGCCCUGGUGACUGUCACUCACCUCAGGCUCCUAGGCCUCCCUCGGCACAGGAGCCCGGCAGCCCACCCAGCUCGAGGCCGCCACCCUGGCUCUCAGAGCUCCCGGAGAGCGCCAGCCUCCAGGAGCAUGGCGUGAAGCUGGGCCCGGCUCUGACCAGAAAGACCUCCUGCGCCCGGGGAGUGGACCUGGAAACGCUCACUGAGAACAAGUUGCGAGCUGAAGGCAUCGAUCUCACUGAGGAGCCGUACUCUGAUAAGCACGGCCGCUGUGGGAUUCCCGAAGCCCUGGUGCAGCGAUAUGCAGAGGACUUGGAGCAGCCCGAGAGGGAAGUUGCCACCAACAUGGACCAGAUCCGCGUGAAGCUGCUUCGGAAGCAGCACCGUAUGGCGAUCCCAAGUGGCGGACUCACAGAAAUCUGUAGAAAGCCCCUCUCUCCCGGAUGUGUCUCGUCUGUGUCAGAUUGGCUGGUUUCCAUCGGUCUGCCCAUGUAUACCAGCGCCCUCACUGAAGCCGGGUUCAGCACAUUGGGCCAAGUGCCUUCUCUGUCCCACACUUGCCUUCAGGAGGCCGGCAUCACAGAGGAGAGACACAUAAGCAAGCUUGUGUCUGCAGCCAGACUCUUCAAACUGCCACCAGGCCCUGAGGCCAUGUAGCCAGGCCCAUCAUGGAGCUCCCCGGACAAGAGCCACCCUUUCACUGUGCUUAGGAUGCUAAUGCAAUCCCUCCUCCUUGGGACCUGCAGACCAGAUCCAGAAGAAAGGCCCGGUGUAAGGCCGACCGGAGCACGAAACCUCGGCACGGGACUGAUGACCCUCUCUUCUCCAGAAGAGCCCCCCUCGAGGAAAUUGGUGUGGUUCUCUUUGACUCCCCCAAAGAAAAGACAAGCACUAACUUUUAUUUUCAGAACACAAAAGAACCAGGAUGCCAGCUCGCCGCCCAUGCUGUGCCUCCAGUCUGUCUUGGUGUGCUGGCAGAGGGAGGGGGCAGCCGCUAUCGUUUCUGAGAAUGCCCUUGCCUUGCUGUCUGUCACCCUGCAGGAUGCCUGAGGGCAGACGGGUAUUGGCCAGGCCAAAGUAACAGACCCAGGAGUUACUGUACGCCAUUGACUAUGCUUGUUUAUUCAAAAGUAAGAAAAU